AUGAGCCAUCAUUUGGACACGUUCCCCAUGCCCUCUGGCUUGAUAAGGAGCCAGGUCCUAGGAGACCAGAGCAUCUACACCCAGCUGUUGGAGAUGAUGCUGCAUUUGCAGGAGACCUUGAAGGAUUACUUUGCACAGACACAGCAGAGCCCGGUGCUGGAAGAACAGAGUCACGCUCAGGCUAUCUAUGAGCAGGAAGCCCUCCUGGGCCGCAAAAUGUGCCAAAUGGUCAACCUCUUACAGUGUGGGGUCACAGGUGGCCUGGGGAUCCAAAUGCCACUUCCCUCCCUUGACUCUAGGGGUGAUGUCAGAGGUGGGCAGAGGACCCAAUCAUCUAGACAGCUUGACCAACCAGUUCCCCAACUGAGUGAUUUUGAAGCUGCAUUUAAUGGCUGUGACCUGUCCAAUCGUGGGGUUGACAUUUCUGUAUUAUACCACUCGAGCUUCCAGGACUACAAGGCCUACCAAAGAGACAAAUACAAGGACAAGAACUCCGGCUUAAUUAACCUUGGCACCAGUGAGAAUAAGCUCUGCACUGAUCUGAUCACUACAAGGUUGCUUCAGAGUGACAUGAACUGCAUUGAGAAAAACCUGCUGCAGUACACAGAUUGGAGGGGGCAUCUGUUCUUGCGGGAAGAAGUGGCCCGGUUCCUGACCUACUACUGCAAGACACCUGCCUGCCUUGAUCCAGAAAACGUGGUUGUUCUAAAUGGCUGCUGCUCUGUCUUCUCUGCACUGGCCAUGGUACUGUGUGACCCAGGUGAGGCCUUUCUGGUCCCCACUCCCUUCUACGGCGGGUUCACCUUUACCUCCCGCUUGUAUGCGAAAGUUGAGCUGAUUCCUGUCCACCUGGAGAGUGAGAUCACUGAUGUGAACACCCAUCCUUUCCAGCUCACUGUGGACAAGUUGGAGCAAGCUCUAUUUGAAGCUAGACUUCAGGGGAAAAGAGUCAGAGGCCUCAUGCUAACCAAUCCUCAGAAUCCUCUGGGUGACGUCUACUCCCGAGACUCACUGAAGGAAUACCUGGAAUUUGCCAAGAGGUAUAACCUACAUGCCAUCAUAGACGAGAUUUAUAUGCUGUCUGUGUUUGAUAAAUCCGUCACGUUCCACAGUGUUCUGAGCAUGGAAAGUUUGCCUGAUCCCAACAGGACCCAUGUGAUCUGGGGUACCAGUAAGGAUUUCGGCAUCUCUGGCUUCCGCUUUGGUGCACUGUACACCAACAACAAGGAGGUGGCAGCUGCUGUAAGCGCCUUUGGCUACCUGCACAGCACCUCUGGCAUCACCCAGUUCAAGCUAUUUCGACUGCUCCAGGACAGAGAAUGGAUUGACAAAGUGUACCUGCCCACUAACCACUUCCGCCUCCGGGAAACUCACAAGUAUGUCACUAAGGAGCUGCAGGAAUUGGAGAUCCCCUUUCUCAAUCGUGGCUCUGGCCUCUAUGUCUGGAUCAACUUGAAAAAGUACCUCUUCCCAUGUACGUUUGAAGAAGAGCUGCUCCUCCAUCAGCGCUUCCUGGACAACAAGCUGAUGUUAUCCCGUGGCAAAACCUACAUGUGUAAGGAGCCUGGCUGGUUCCGUCUCGUCUUUGCAGAUAAGCCCACCCGGCUAAGAGUGGCCAUGUGUCGCUUCUCUCAGACACUGGGGGAGCAGAAGCAGUAUUUGAUAAGGAAGCAGCUGGAAGAUGCAAUGAAGGAGUAG